GAUUGUUGCCGGAAGUGGGAGAAAAACCGAACAGGUGUUGUGUACAGCGUAAAUACAGAUUCACAACGACAGUAAAUGUGUAGCACCUGGCUCAUAAGGGCACAAGCCUCUAUCAGGUCACAUGGGACAUUAAAGGCUUUUCCGAUGCUGGCUUCCAGGCUGCAUGCGGACAGUAGCAGCAGUGACAGCAUGGCUUACAGUGCAAAGAUCGGCCCGUCCAUCCUGAGCAGCGACCUGUCCUGUCUGGGCAGCGAGUGUGUGCGGAUGAUGGAGUGCGGAGCGGACUACCUGCACCUGGACGUCAUGGACGGGCACUUUGUCCCCAACCUCACAUUUGGACACCCCAUGGUAGAGUGCCUGAGGAAGUCAGUAGGCCAGGACCCUUUCUUUGACAUGCACAUGAUGGUGUCUCGGCCGGAGCAGUGGGUGAAGCCCAUGGCUGCAGCAGGUGCCAACCAGUACACAUUCCACAUAGAGUCCACCACCAACCCUGGAAACCUCAUCAAGGAGAUUAGAGAGAGCGGGAUGAAGGUGGGUUUGGCCAUUAAGCCUGGCACUACUGUUGAAGAGCUCGCUCCCUGGGCUAACCAGAUUGACAUGGCGCUGGUUAUGACUGUCGAACCUGGCUUUGGAGGGCAGAAGUUCAUGGAGGACAUGAUGCCCAAGGUGAGCUGGUUGAGGAGUCAGUUCCCAUCGUUAGACAUCGAAGUCGACGGAGGAGUCGGCCCUGACACCAUUCACAAAUGUGCAGAGGCAGGAGCCAACAUGAUCGUGUCAGGCAGCGCUGUUAUAGGCAGCGACGACCCCCGCUCCGUCAUCGCUCUCCUGCGCACCGUGGUGGCCGAAGCAAUCCAGAAACGCUCGCUGGACCGCUGAGACGUCCUCUCUGUGACGCCCUCUCUGUGACGCCCUACCCGCCCGUCCCAGCAACACAGCAGCCAGCGGAACAGACUUAAUACGGACAUUUCUGGGGUCAAGGUCACGGGUCACGGUGAGAGCAGAAGGCUGAUUGCCAAAUCCAAAUCACUUUGACGUGAGUGAAGCUGCACCGUGCCUCUACAAAAGUUUCAGAACCUCAUCCUGUCCUGCCACACUCUCCGAACAGUUAACUCGCAGUGAGUCUCAUCUCCACACGGCAACAACCCCGUCAAGACUGGAGCUGAGGUCCUGCUGAUUUCACAUCUGUAAACAUUCCUGAAUUUUGUUUGACACUGUAACCAACACUACGAGUUAAGUAUGAAUUAAAUGUCUUGUAAGUCAUUUUCUGACUUCCAUUUGAAAUCCUGUCUCAUCA